UUUUUAACGUAGCUUGCCAGAGUAGGAAGUGAAACUACAUUAUGUAGCAACCAGUAUAAUAUCUUGAAAGACAAUGACAUUAGUGCAAUAAUCUAAAAAAUGAGUGGAUGAUGAUGGAAUUCAAAAAGGAGCCGGUUGACCUGAAGUACGAACUCGGUGAUGAUAUCGGAAAAGGGCAUUUUGCAACAGUGAAGAGAUGUCGGGAGAGGGCGACAGGGGCGGAGUAUGCUGCCAAGUUCAUUCGGAAGCGUCGGGGUGGGGGGAGACGGGGUGCGAAGCUAGAGGACAUUGAAAAGGAGAUAGAGAUCCUCGGGGAGACGAGCCACCGUAACAUCAUCAACCUGUAUGACGUGUAUGAGACGAACCGGGAGGUCAUCCUCAUACUUGAACUUGUUGAUGGGGGUGAGCUGUUUGAGUACCUGUCUGCGAAGGAUAAGCUGUGUGAGGAGGAGGCCUCGUCCUUCAUCAAACAAAUACUUGAUGGCCUUGAACACCUCCACUCGAGAUACAUAGCACACCUUGACCUUAAGCCUGAGAAUAUCCUACUGCAGGAAAAGGGGAGCACGGCAGUUAAGCUGAUUGACUUUGGGCUGUCCAGAAAAAUUGGCCCCAAAGAGGAGCACAGGGCUCUCAUGGGCACUGCAGAGUUUGUAGCUCCGGAGGUGGUAAGCUUUGAACCGCUGUCGGUUGCCUCGGACAUGUGGAGCAUUGGCGUUAUCACCUACAUACUGUUAUCGGGGGCAUCACCAUUUCUGGGAGACAACCAGCAGGAGACGUACCACAACGUCACUGCUGUCAACUACCAGUUUGAUGACGAAUACUUCAGCAGCACCAGCGAACUUGCUAAAGACUUCAUAAGAAAACUACUCGUAAAGGACCAGAGGAAAAGGGCUACAAUCUGUGAAUGCCAGAAUCAUCCUUGGAUCAAGCCAAAGGAGAAGCGUCAGAAGGACCUGCGGCGCUCGUCUGUGAUAAACACCGAACAUUUAAAGAGGUUCAUUGCCAGGCAACGAUGGAAGAGGUCAAUGCGUAUAGUUUCGAUGUGUAACCGACUGUCACGCAGCAUGCAGCUCAGGCGAAUCCAAAGUUCAGACACACUGGGAAGCUGCUCUGAAGAGAAUUUGCUUAGUCUACCACCAACUCCUGAUACUGAGGACAAAGCUGAAAACUUUGUGCAGGCUGGUCUGUUCUGUGCUGCAGAGGAGGGGAACCUUGAGGGUAUAAAGGGCCUUGCCAGCAUGGCACAGAAGAUUGACCUCCACUCUGCUAACAAGCACGGAGAGACAGCUGUUCACAUGGCAGCCAGUGGGGGUCACACUGAAGUCAUACGCUUCCUGCAGUCGAAAGGGGCUGACAUCGCUGCCCUUGAUAAGCAAGGGGACAGUGGUGUGUACUGGGCGGCUCGUCAAGGUCAUGUGGAAGUGAUCCAGUACCUGCAUGAGGAGGGCGUGGCUCUUCACACACAGAACAAGUCUGGUGAGACAGCAGCUCAUGUUGCGGCCAGGUAUGGCCACCUCGCGGUCAUCGAGUAUCUCGUCUCUGCCGGCGUGGACAUGGAUAUACAGGACAGUCUAGGAGAGUCGGCCCUCCACAAUGCGGCAUGGCAUGGGUUCCUGGGUAUUGUACAUGUGCUGUGUCGAGGUGGGGUAACACUUGGGAUACAGAACAAGGAUGGGGACUCCCCUCUCCACUGUGCAGCCUCGCGGGGCCAUGUGGAGUGUGUGAAGAUCCUGCUGGAGGCUGGCAUGCCCCUCGACCUCACUGACAAGCGUGGGUGCUCAGCCCUGUACCUGGCAUGUAACAGACAACACACUGCAAUCGCCCUUAUGCUGCUGCAUGCAGGCUGUAAUAUGGACACGCACAUUGAAGAUGCUGGAGAAUAUGUCCUACACUGUGCUGUUCGGGAAGGCCUUACCUCUGUGGUACAGACAUUGUGUGCCUAUGGCUGUAAGGUUGAUGUUCUUACAAAGGAAAGCAGCUUGACGCCAUUGCACAUAGCCAGUAAGAUUGGGAACAUUGAGAUGGUUCGGUGCCUGCUGCUGUCGGGAGGUAAACCGGAUGCCCCUAACAAGGAUGGCAUCACGCCUGACAUCAUGGCGCUGGCAGAGGGAUACACAGACAUUGCUGAACUUCUCCAAAAAGUCAGAGGGGAGAAGGGUGAGAUGUACAUCAAGCAGCUGAUGUCAACAAGCCUAUCAUUGCCCCAGGUCAAGGUCAAGUUUCUGGGCUCAACGGGCGUGGGCAAGUCCACCCUGAUAGAGUCCCUUAAAUGUGGGCUUUUCAGUAGUUUUUUUCGGCGGUCACGUCUCAGUAGCUCUGGUCACAGUCCUGCAUCAGGCGCAAAUGGCAGGUCAUCCAAAGGUAGCAAAUCUCGGUUGCCACGUCAGUACAGCCUCCCUACGCCACUGUGUUACAGUGUGGGCAAUCCCCAGUACACCAAGGGCAUCAAUAUACAGCAGUGCAACAUCACAGGUGUGGGUGAGGUAAGCAUGUGGGACUUCUCCGGUUAUGAACCGUACUACAUGCUGUACGACCACUUCCUGGGGGAGACAGGCUGUAUUCAUGUGGUCAUGUUCAACCUCACCGACCCCUUCGACGAGCAGCUUGCACAGGUCUACUUCUGGCUCAACUUCAUCAAGGCUCGUUCCACACCAGUGCUCCCACUAGGUCUGUGUGGUAAGUUGCCGUACAGACCGAGUGUGAUCCUGAUAGCAAGCCAUGCAGACAAGGCUGGGUGUCAAAAGAAUGCCCGGGGAGAGUAUGUCAGCCCUGUGGCUAGCAGUAUACUGGCAAAGGUACAGCAGAAGUUUAGCCAGGAUGUGGAGGUUACAGAGCGUGUGUUUGUGCUGGACGCCCAGGUGGCCAUGACCUAUGACAUCAAGGCCCUCAAACACAACCUCUACCAGCACAGGACAAACAUACUCAGGCUGGUAGGGAAAACAAGUGGUUUCAUGGAGUCAAUGUUGUCGACCCUACCCUCAUGGCGACGCUCCUCUUCCUCCUUCCCUGUGUUGUCAUGGCAACAGUUCACAGAGUUUGUCAGGUCAAAGGUUAACCCUCUUGUGGGGGAGAACCAUGUGAAACACCUCAUUGAGCAGCUGCAGCUGGUGGGUGAGAUUGUCUACCUGGAGAAAGAUACAGGUGAAAGCUUGGUUGUUCUCAAUCCCAAAUGGCUGUGUGGAGAAAUCAUAGGAAACCUAAUAUCUCAUGAGAAAAUAGUCCAGUCACGAAUAACUGGCUGCUUCUCUGUGGACGACUUCCAGCUAAUGUACCCAGAAACUGAUGCACCAGAUUUGCUCAAUGUUCUAGAAGCAUUAGAAGUGUGUACUCGCUGUGAGAAUGAUGAUGAGAUUGAAUAUGAAUUCCCCUGCUUAAACUUUGUAGAAACUCUAAAUGGCCUCUGGCAGAGAGAUGUGAAACAUUUUGGCAAUGCUGUUUAUGGUGGUUUACGAAUAUUUGCACCAGACAGUUUGUCGCAACUGAAGCACAUAUUUCCACGUGUUCAGACCCACCUGCGGCGAAAUAUAGUCCAGGAGCAUGAUGACCCAGACUCAGACUUGUACCAGUGGCACCAUGGCUCAAAGUACUGCUGUGGCGACUUUGAGGGCAUGAUCUCCAUGGACAGACAUGAGCAGCACAUCGAGAUCAAGGUCCGCGGCCCGCCAGACACAGCCACACAACUAUUCUACUUCUUGGAAGACUUUGUGAACACUGUGGAACAAGUGCUUUCUCAUGUACUACCAGGAUUGUAUGUAGAAAGACAAGUACUAAGUCCUGCCAAUUUGAAGGACCAUGUAAAAACACCUUACUGUUACUCUUCACAGGAAGUUUUAAGUGCUCAAUUGAACAAAUACUCAGUAUUAACAUCACCUGAUGGUAAAAAAGAGAAGUUUAAUGAUGUGCUGUUUAUGGGUUCAAGUGAAGUGCGAAACUCUGUGUGUUUGGGUGUUGACCUUCCUAUAUCCUACCUGCCCGUGUACACGAGGCAGUCAUUGUGCCAGAUAAUGGACCCUCAGGAUCCCAUGGGUCGGGACUGGUGCCUCCUGGCUGUUACUCUCGGCCUCGAAACAUGCCUGCCCUCCCUCGACUCAACUGGGUGUAGAAACGAGAGUAAAACUGAGAGAACUUUGGAGGAAUGGUCACAAGUGGAACGAAACGCUACUAUAAACCAUCUGAUAUUAAGACUUAAGGAGUUUAACCGUGAUGAUGCGGUGGAAGUGUUAUUACGGACCUCCCCGUUGUACAGGACUCUGGUAUAUGAUGAGCAGAGCACAGAUGAGAGUGGAACACCGGCCCUUGGGACUGCCUCAACAAACACUCUUUCAAACCUCUCCCGGUGACAUGAGGAAUGCUGAUUGUUAUUAUAUUUGUUAUUGUAUUUAAUUCUGUAUUGAAAUAUUUACCUCUCAUUCUAUUUAGAAUGCACAUUAAUAGUAUUUAAACCAAAACAACAAGUUAUUAUGUUCUGUCAACUAUAACAUACAUUACACCAUUCAAAUUUCUUGCCAUAUAUAAUUUGGACUAACUACCAUGACCUUAAUCUUGUUCAGUUUUUUAUCAUUUAUAUCGAAGACAUUUAUCAAACAUUUCAGGUUUUUACCUUGAUAUUACUGGUACUGUCGGGAUUAUGCUGGUUGAAGUAUAGUACCAUGACUGUAGUGUUAAGUCUUUCAUUGAGGUUGCAGAAUGAUGCACCACUUGUACAAUAGGAUAAAAGGACGGCAUUCUUUACUGUUUGUUUGACAAUGAAAUCCAUCUUGGUGCUUGGAAAAUAUGUAAAAAACGGUUGCUAGAAAAUUAUAAUGAAAAUAUGGCUUUAUGUGUUGAUUUUUGACUAUUUUUGACUAUUGCAGUAAACACACUACUAUGCAAGCAUAUGAAAUCCAAGACAGCCUGGCAGUAUUAUAUAGAGGAUAAAAAUUGAUUGUAUCCGUUUUAAAUCACAAUAUUUAUAUAUUUCCAUGAGUGAGCUCUGAAAUAUAUACUUUUAGUGUUCAUGAGGUGGAAUUUUUCCCUGAAACAAACAAUAUACCUUAAAAGAUAAAGAAUUGCAAUUGCUAAUAAUUGUAGUUUAUCAGAAAAGUGCACCAAAAUGUAUGUGGCAUAACAUAAUUUCAGAAAUUAUGUCGUUGAAAUUGUGUCCCAGCCCCGGGUGCGCUGACUUGAUGUUGAUGUGAGAGAGGGCUAAAAUUUCAAAAUCAUGAGAUAAUGUUUUUAUUGAACUGAUUCUUCUCUAUAAACCACCGAGAAGCAUGUAAUAACUUGUCACCAAGUGACAUACGCAUUAUGGAUUGUAUACAUAUGAAAUUGUACUGGGUUUCAUGUAAAAAAUUGUUUAUUUUCUAUUAUGAGUAUUGUUAUCAGUUUGUUAAUUUUAUUUUGAUGAUCAAAUCUCAUUUUGUUAAUCUUUUAUCAUUUAAAACAGGUGUGUUUCCUUUUGACCUUAUUUCUUGCUUGAACUGAAUAUGACAUGUCUUCUUGUCUCGGAAAUUGGUUAAAUAAUGCUUGUAUAAAACUGGCUAACUCUUUGAUUGGUCAAAGUUAGCCAAAACAAUAAUUGAUUGGUCAAUAUUUAUCCAAUUAUUACUAUUUACCAAUCAAAUCACUCAAAUGUGCAAACUGGCCAAGAGAUAGCCUUUGGAUAACUUAUCAACCUUUUAUACAAUAAGCUGCUGUUUGAUACUUUUUUAUUUGUUUUGUUUUAGGGAUAAAUAAAAUCUCAAGCUGGAAAAUUAGGAGCUCUUAUUUUGACUUUCUCGUGAACACUAAGCAGUGUGUUACAGCAAUGUGAAGUGUGGUUUCUUGUCUCGUCUAGUCUAGUCUGUGAUCUGUGUUCAGUGCUGUCUUGCAGUUGCCCUUCAGUGGUUGUGACAUUUUGUUUCCUUUUUGUACCAACUGCCUUUUUUUAAAAGGUAUAGUGUUGAUUUUUAUACAUUACAGUGUUUCAUGUUCUUGUAUAGUUCAUCAUUUCAUCAUUUUAGUUGUAAUGAAUUUACAAGAUAUUUAUUUGCUUUAUAGAAAAUGAAAAAGGUUUUAACAUUAAAAUAUUAUGAACA